GACAGGCUGGAAGGUUGGUGAUCCCCCCAUGCAGAAGUUCUUGAUCUUUUUUGACAGCAUCCCGGAUGCCAUAAAUGCGACUCUAUACCUGCACAAACACUUACCAACCAAUAUGCAAGAUAAGAUUAAGUGGUUCAACGCGGACAUGACAGGAGGGUACAAAGAUGCGGAGCUCACGAACCUUAUAUUGGGAGAUACGUGGGGCUACUGCACAACAGAUUCAUUUGGAAUGGGAAUGGAUGUUCCUGACAUCAUGCUUAUUAUUCAGUGGCAAGCUUCAUGCAAGCUAUCCACUCUUUGGCAGCGGUUUGGGCGUGCAGUAUGGGAUCAAAGCCUUCUGGGCACUGCAUUGUUGUUCACGGAGAAGGAGCACUUUGAUGAUGAAUGA